AUGAAUAUCGUCAGCAAUUCGAACUGGUUUCUACGAUCGCUUUUGCUGGUUUCUCAAUACUUAACAUUUUUAUUUUCACAUUUUUUGUUUUCAUCAGGCAACCAGUGCGACCAACUAUUAGAUUUUGAGGACAUAAAUCAGCUAAACUGCUUCUCAGCUUCUGGAGGCGGUUCACGAUCCUUAUCUACAGAAGAGGCAAAGAGUGGUCAGCGUUCUCUCAAGUGGGUGGGCGCCACAGCUGGUUCGUCGGAGCUAGCUUAUACCAGGCCUUCCUCAUCUAUUAUUACAGGAAAUAAACUCAAGCGGGGAGGUAUGAAGUUGUGGCUAUACAAGAAAGAGACUUCCGAUGGGAAGAUUUUGACUGUUAAUCUACGAGAUGAAACUCAGAAGACUUCGUUUGGAGCUUUUAAUGUCAAUCUCGGAUUUAAAGGCUGGAGAGCUGUAUGGGUGGCAUACUCCGAAUGUAAAUCAUCGUCAAUCACUACCUUAAGUUCCUACAGGUUGAGUAAAGUCACCUUUUCAGUGAGCCAUAAAGAUACCAUCUAUUUUGAUUUGAUUGACUUUGUGGAACAUAUGAGCUUCCAAACUCGCGAUAAAAUAGUUCCUCCAAUCAACCAGCAGGGAUAUGACAAGACUGAAAUCAACACCGCUCGGCAAUUAUAUCGUUGGAGUACAAAGCAGCCUACCAAUCUUCCUACAACGGUCGAUCCAUCUAAAACAGAAGGUCUCAAUCAUAUCGAAAGUCGUCUUCGAAAUUUCUACUGCAGUGAAGAAAAAACCAGUUACGAUUUCACCGGGUUUCUCGAUAAACGCUGGAAGUCACUGACGAAAAGUAUUGAUAAGGCACACGAGCAAUAUGAUAAACUCAUAUUUAAAACAGCACCAGGAGGGAAAAGAGUGAUUAGUGGCCCUUCACUGUUUUGCUAUGGCUGUAAAAAGGGAACAACAAAGUAUUCCGCCGCGGAUCAAACGAGAAAGUUUAGCUUUGUCAUGGCAAAUAUUAUGCUUCCAUUGGCGCAGGAGUAUUAUUUACGGUCCCGCCAGGUUGAGAUAGAUAAGACAGCGGGCAAGGAAUUAAAAAAACUAGGCUCUUCUGCUUCCGCUAAGGUAAAAAAAUCUCUUAAACGAAUCGCUGGAAAGCACAAACCCAGACAGGACGAGUUCCUUAACUACCUAAAAUCCAAGGGAAAGCCUUACACAAAAGCGAAAGUCCGUGAGUCAUUAGAAUAUAUAAACAAAGCUCGUCUUCAACGGGUCAUAAAUUUGUUGGAUUUCGUCGAAGACCAAGGUUGGACGGAUGGUAGUGCCAUUGGCUCCAUAAGAGGAGAUUUGAACCAGAAUGGAGCUGGAUACAUGCAUACCCUUUUCCUUCUCAAGAAGUCUCUUCAUGAAAACAAUGCAAACAAGACCAGACUUCUAAAUUUAGUCAAUGCCGCUAAAUGGUACAACUACUUUGGAGAGGUGUACCAAAGCACGUACGAGUACAAGGGAACAAACGCCGAUAGAAUGAUUACGACAAUGCUUUUUCGUCUUUUGACUGUUUUGAUGAUGCCCAUAGAUACUCCUGAUGAACAGAAGGCAAGGCAAAGAGACAUGGAUGCUUUGAAACUAUGGAUGGAGAAUGCUUUAGCGGUCAACAAAGCAUUCGGAGGAGUUAUCAAGCCGGAUUUUACUGGUUUUCAUCACAUGGGGUUCUAUGCAUCCGCAUAUAUACCUCAAGCACUGCAUACAGCAGCGCAACUGCAGUACUUAUUAGAAGGAACUGACUAUGCUUUAUCAAGCACUGCUAAGCAAAAUUUACUCAAGACCCUAAAGACUCUCCGGGUAACAGCUGUAAAAUACUCUACACCAAACAGUGUUGGAGGACGCUUUCCUAGCUUUUCAAGGAAAGUCCUGGUCAACAUACUUCCUGCAUAUGCCUAUGUGAGCGUUACCCGUCAGUGUUCAAGAACUCAGAAUCCAUUGCCAAGAGUACAUAUCCCUGACCUAAACGCGGAUGCAACGCUGUUUUUACGAUUAUAUCAGCCUUCCGACAAAAAAAUAUCUAAGUAUCUGGGUGGUGGAGGAAUUAGGCGAGGAAAAUCAUAUAUGAAUACAUUGGGAUCUUUAGAUAUAAUGAUCCAAGUAAGUGUAUACAUACGUGAAUUUUAUGCGUUCUAUUCUUUACAGUUUAAGACAAUAUCAGUGCUCGGAUUAUAAUCUAAAUAAUAACAUAGGCGUGUAUAACUUAAGCUGGAUAAAUUGUUUAAAGAGGAAAGCUCGUCACCUUAAAAAUAUUUUCUCUUUCGUAACACGUUUUAACUCUCAUUUAGUAAACCGCGAUUCUGUCAGGUUUCUCAAAGAUUGCAGAUUUUAUUUUUCAUAUCAUUUACGGACCUUUUGGAAAGUAAUUGUCCUUUAGUAUCUUCCAUUCAACUUUAAAUAUGUCCCGCGGUUGAAAUAUCUUUUUUAUUAUUGAAAUAGUAAAAUUGAAACUAUAUUCCUCAUAACAGGCACACAACAAAGCCGUUGAGAAGGGUAUGUCUGCAGAAUCCUCUCCAAAUGGUCAUUGGUCUAAGAACUUUGCAGCUCUUUCCGUACAUCGUCGCGAAGAUUGGGCAGUUACCGUUAAAGGCUUCAACAAAUUUGUUUGGGAUUUUGAAAUGGGUCCUUCAGAAAACCCUAACGGUAUCUUCCAAAGUUAUGGUCAAAUGCUUAUAGCUAACAGCGAGGGGUCCCUUUUAGCGCAUAAUGUAGAAGAGGGGUGGGAUUGGACAAGAAUUCCUGGUGCCACUACUAUGUCCCUGACUCUUGAGGAAACGCGAGUGAAGAAAGCAAGGUAUUUCAGUCCAAGAUCGUUUGCUGGUGGAGUUACUUUCAAAGGACCAGAAGCCUUGUCAAACGGAGUUUUUGGCAUGGACUUUUACCAACCAGAUUACCAAUUCUCACACAGCUCUUUUCCCAAUAUAAAGCUUUAUUUCAAAAAGUCAGUUUUCUUUUUUCAGAACGUGAUUGUCUGCCUAGGCAGUAAUAUAAGAAUAGGAAACGGACAAGGGAAAAUUGCCCAGACAACUCUAUUUCAAGACAAGGUUCAAAGGGUCGAUACCGGAGGUCAGAUGAGAUCAUUCUCAAUCAAGGUAGACGGCGUCGUAAAAGAUGGUUCAUCUACAUUUGCAGCAAUGGUUCCACCUUUGAAUUCACAAGCAGGCUACAUACGUCUCCUUGACACCAAAGGUAACAGCUACUAUAUCCCGGCUUCGAGUGCCUCCAGUCUCAAAGUUCAAAUUGCGAAUCAAAACUCAAAAACACCAGCAGCUAAGCCAUCAAGUAGUCGCUACGCCACAGCUUGGCUUGAGCACAGUCCUUCUAAUGACAAUUACGAGUACGCUGUUUACGUAAAAACAACAUCGUACCCCAAGUCUGCUGAAUUCGUUUGGAAUUUUCAGGCAAGUAGUCGUAAUAAAAAAGUAUACAAAGUCUUACAGAAGAACGACGUAGCACACGUGGUCAAGUUUGAAAUGUCUACAGUGGAUUGGCGGGAGGUGAGUCCACCUCAGUUUGGCUAUGUGAUAUUUUCAUCCACGACAACGCUUCCUUCAGACGGCCCAAUCAGGUCAUCCAACAAACCAUGCCUUAUCAUGGCUAGAGAAGAUGGGGAGUUUCUCUAUCUUAGCGUCAGCCAUCCUGACCUGGCGUUUCCUAAUUCUGGCCAUCUCAAGACAAUGGAAGAUAUCGGAGUUCGGGAAUAUUACCAUAUAGAAAGCCAGGAAAUUUCAAUCACUGUGGGGCUGAGAAAAAGAGUGCUCAAGACACUUCCGGCGCAACCAAUGGUACAUGGAUCACCAGCUGAGUACGUGCCAACAGUUCAGGUCAAAUCCACCGAUCCAAAGCGACCUAAAGGCAACAAAAUUGUCUUUAGCAAUCUUAAGAAUGGCUUCAGUGUUGAGGUCAAGCUUAAGAAAUAA